UUAUCAACUACCUUCGUACACAUUCUCACAGUGCAGUUUAUGCUACCGCCAUGUCAGUACCUGUGGAACAGCAGAUCAUAUCUGCUAUGAAGUGUAUUAUGGGAGAAGAUGGAACAACUAUUGGUCAAAAGCGAGUACAACAACUGGCUGAAAACACUCGGUACUUCAGAAGAAGACUGAUGGAGAUGGGCUUCAUUAUUUAUGGAAAUAGUGACUCCCCUGUGGUCCCCUUGAUGCUGUACAUGCCAGCUAAAAUUGGUGCAUUUGGUCGUGAAAUGCUGAAAAGGAAUAUUGGUGUCGUCGUAGUAGGAUUUCCUGCUACUCCAAUCAUUGAAUCCCGAGCCAGGAUUUGUAUUUCAGCAGCUCACACCAGAGAAAUGUUGGAUUCUGCUUUAAAGGUAUUUGAUGAAGUUGGUGACCUGUUGCAGCUGAAGUAUUCAAGACAUCAGUUGGUUCCACUUUUGGACCGUCCCUUUGAUGAAACAACAUAUGAAGAAACAGAAGACUGAAAGCCAUGUAAUACUUAGUCCUGAAGACUACUUAAAACGUGCAGAGUCCAUCAAUAUUCGAUAUGAAGUCAAGCACCAUGUUUUGGAUUUGGGGAGGGGGGGGGACUAUCUGUGUAUAUAAUAUAUAUUUAUUUUACCAGAUACUGCUUUAUACAUUCUUAUUCUAAAGUCGUCUUAUGUCUUUUCUAAUUUCUGUUGCAAAAUAUUUAUGUGGAUUUUCUGCCACAGAAUAUCUUAUGUUAUAGCAAGAUAAUGAUUCUGCAUUUCUUGCAGAUGAUGUCUUGCACUUUGAAGCUGUAAGGGAGAUUUUCUGAUAGGAAGAUUCUUUUGUUUUGUCUUUGUCUUUAAAAUCCUGAAAGGGAGUGCAGCAUCCCUGAUAGAGGGCAAACACCAUGGGGCUACCCUUUUUAUUGCUAGGCUUACAAAGGACAUGUGCACACUGGCUUAGCUUCAUGGCCUAGGCUCUGUAUUAAUCCCAGGAAGCCUUUAACCUAGCAUAACACUGUGAAAACCAGCUGCAUUUAAUCGGUCCAUUCCAUCUUUUUGUAUCAACAGCAUUAUAUUCAGUCGUACAUUUCUGUCUGGAGUAGUAAAUUAUUCAUGACAACAUCAUUGUCAUUUUGCAAGUAUAUGUUUUUGCUGUCCAUUGACAGUGCUAUUUAGUCUGAAAAGUCUAAUUUCUGUCAUAAAGAGUAGCCAAGGUAACUUUAGGAACUGCUGUUCAACACAUGCAUUUGCUGUAACAAAAAGUGGUUUGAAAUGCUGAAAAAAUGGUCAAUCAUGCUUUAGAUGUAUAAGGAUGUGUAGGGUUAGUGCAUCUGUAUAAUGAAGGCAUGAUAUUAUUUGAUACCGUUUCUUACAGCAGAUUUAUGUUACUAACUUUUGAGUUGGAAUUUUAAUAACAGGAUUCAGUAGUCAGAUUGAAUGCACAAUGAAACUGGGUAGGGCAUUUUUUUUAGUGUCUUAAUUUUGGGCAUUGAUUUUUGUAGUACUAAUUUCUCUCCUUUUGUCCCACUCUCAUCCAUCAUGGUCAAGUUUGCAGUUUUGGAUGGAAGAGUAGAAGUUCAUCAGUAAACAGUUUUUUAACAGUUGUAUAUUUUUUCAGUUUCCCUGAUUUGAACAUUCACUUCAUCUUAAAAAGAAAAUGGUUUCUAAAUAUAAUUUAUGCAUUUAUUUUUGACAGACCAUAAAGCUGAUUCCUUAAUGUGAUUUGCGUUUCCUUAAUUUCCUUAAGAAAAUUGCAUCCCCUUGUUUAGAAUUCCCCUCUAUUUAAGGUGUUCCGUUGUGUAGCAGUUGUCCUGGAAGAGUUCCGUAUCAUUUUUUUUUCUAAUUGUAGCUUCUGAGAAUUCUAUGGGUUAUGCUAUAUUAUCCAGUUUGUGCACUGUAUUAAUUGCUUAGGCCCGGCAACAUUCGUGCUUUGCAAGCCUUUUGUAGAGCUGUUUGUUUUACUCCUGUUUCUCAGUAGAUUCAGAAUCUUGGUUGUUUCAAUGUCUUUUUAAUGUACUUUUAACUUUGUUGCGCCUCUCAUUUGCUGUGCCACUCUUUUCCUAAGGCUUUUGCAAAUCAAGAUUCAAAGCUCAUUUAUAUGCGCAUUUUAAGGAUCAUUUUGGGGACUGUGCUAAUAUCUGACCUUAGCUUAUUCUUUUCCUGCAGCAUUUUGUUGUUGCCCUUACUGGUGUGUUUGCACCUACUAAAUUUGCUAGUGAGAUGCCAUCCCAUCUACUACCCUUCUAGUAAAGGUUUAUACUCUGAUUGCAUGAUGUUUUCUGUUGUCAUGCAUGCUUGAUUGCUGGGAACAUAGUGGCACCCCAUUUAUGGUAAACAGGUUUCAUGUAAUGAUUAGUUUCCUUGACUGAUUCAACUGAUAUUAACCUUAUUUUUAAGGCUGGAAAAUUUUGUUAAUAUUUAGUUGUGGGAUGUUCCUUCAGGGCUUGUAAUCAUUUUUUGGUUGAAUUAAUUGUUCUCUGAGCAGGCUGGCAUGGCACAAGUCAUAGGUGUGUCCUAAUAUAUUUUUUCUAAACUCUGAUGAUUCAUAUAGUGCUGGGAUAGUCUACUUGCCAGAAGUUUCGUAAUUUUCUGAAGGGAAAAAAAAAAAAAUAUAUAUAUAUAUAUAUAUAUAUAUAUAUAUAUAUAUAUAUAUAUACACACAUAUAUAAAUAUAUAUGAAGUCAAACUACAUAAAAAAAUAGAUUACAGCAGCAUUUAAAUAUAAGAACAUCAGAGGGGUACAGUUUAGCAUGAUUUAUUUGCAUGUGUGCUUUUUGUUGCAUAACUAGACAUGUAGACAUAUGAACUCGUUCAACCGUGAGAAAUAUCUGUAGCUCAAAAAAAAUGCAUCUAAAGCUCUAUAGUAGAGUUUUCAGAAUUUGUCUCUAAUUUUAUAGCUUGACUUUUGCAUUUUAAAUGCCCCUGUCUCUUUAUGUGCACACUUUUUAUAUGGUUGUAGCGACAGCUGUCCACUCAGCUGUUGCCUGUUGCCCCUUGCUUUGCUACUUGCAUGAGCCCAAUGAAAUAUUUUUUCCGUUAAGACUCGGAGUAAGUAAGAAGGUAGCAGUCAUUAAGUAGAAGAAAUUCACAGUUAGUGCCAAGCAUUUUUAUUACUGAUCGGGAUUUUUCUUCCGGAUUUCACCUGCCCCAGUUCCUUUAAAAUACCUCAGAGACAGACUAAAUCUAUGGGACAGACUCGCAGAAAGUGCUGUGCAUUUAUGACUUUUGGCCUGUCCCUUUGUCAGUUUUUGGCACCCUACAUCACUGUUUGGGAUAAUCGUCAUUGGGGGGGACAGUUGUCUUAUCACACCAUCCUGUAUAUUGGUUGGGGGGGCCCUGUCAGAGAAGGUUAUUAUACCACAAAGAGUACCCCCGCCGGUUCACCUUUGGUACCCUACAUCACUCUUUCGGAAAAUCUUUCUUUCUGAUGUUGGCAGUUGACUUAUGACCCAUUUUGUAUAUUGAUUGGACCCUGUCCAAGGAGGUUUUCAUUAUUGCAGUGGAGAAGGAUUGUUUUUGAUCAUCGUAUCUGCCUGAACUCUGAGCCCAGGUGUGUAAUGCACAUGCUUGUUUUUUACUGUCUCAGCGCAUUUAUGAUUGGUUUAUGCAGAGUAUAUUGUUCUUUAAGUACAGUCAGGCCCUAUCUGAAUGUUUUUUGUUCUUGAUACUACUCUUUGGUUUUCAGCAUUGUUUUCAUGUGGUGAAAUAUUCUGCAUCUUUCUCAUAAUCCCUUCUCCCCUUGGUAGAACAGGCAUCACUUACUUUUCUUCUGUAUGCAAACCUAGAGCCAGGUUAUUUGCAUUGUAAUUAGGACUGAAACCUCUGUCUUCUAACCCACUGAGAAUUGUUGAUCCUUGUAUCAUAAGUGUUUGCUUUUUUAUAUCUUCUUCUGUGGUCCCCCUUUCCCUAUUUGGAUCAGUAAACCUGCUAUUUUAUUCCAUUGUACUAUUGGCCAGUUCCUCUGUAAUACGGAGGGUUGAGAGCCAGGCACCAGAAGACUAUUGUCCUGAUGGGUUGGAUGGAUUUUGUAUCUUAACCAUCCUCCUUUUUUGCAGGCAGAGAGGAGGAUUUUAUUCUCCCUCCUUUUCUUCAGCCAGACAGUGUGCUUGCUUCAAUAGCAGGGCCUACGAUACUGGCACUGGGUGCAUAAUUCCAUAUUCUCAGCCCAGUUGGAGUGCUCUACUUUUCUUGGUAAGACUGGCUUGCUGUUUUGGCAGACUCCAGAUGAGCCUGCCUUGAUUCCCAGCAGGCUUUUACAAUAGCAGAACCUUGUCUCAGCCAUUACCGUGGGGUGUUUAAGUCAGCCUGUGCUGCUCACUCCCAAAUCUCCCUGUCCACUUCCUUCAGCAAUUGGGAUCACUAUGCAAACCCAGAUCCCUUCGGCAUACUCGGAGCUUUAUCCCUCUGCAACAUGGAUUCAGUCUUUUUUCUCUUUGUGCACCCAAAUAAUUGGUCAGCUGCUGUGGUGUCCUGUCUGUCCAUUCUGAAGUAGAAUAUGCCCAUUUUCCAUUGUGACUAACCAGUAACACCUGUGUUUGAAUCCUAGUCACUAUUGACGAGACUGCUGUUGCUACUGCAACCUGAUUCUGUAUACACAUAAAAAUGCACAGGCUCACAGCUGUUGGUCAGAAAUUUGUAGUUUUGAACCACUUAUUUUGUGUCUUGUUUGUUUUCCUGCUUUGCAGAGUACUACAGGCAGAAUGCGUGCAAGUCUUCUUUUAGUUAGCAUUCCAAAGACGUUAAAGUGCUAUUCCAAGAUAAUGCUGCUUCCCUAAGAAGGGUAGGUUUCUCUUUUGGAAUUUGUUGAGAUUCAUAAGCAGUGCUUUUGCAGUGGUAAUGUUAUUGUUGAUUAAGGCAGUAGUGACUGCAUAGUGCCAUGUUGUCCAGUGAGCAUGGACCAGGAAUCCACUUCAAACUUUUAUUCCCAUGUCUGCCCUUAACAACCUUGUUCUUUUCUGCCCAUCUAAUAAAACAGAUCCAUAUGGACUGUAGUCCCAGUAAGAGCAAACCUACAAUACUGUAUCCACAGUGCUAAAUCAUAUUAAAGAGUAGCUUGUAUCCCUCUACCACAUUUGCUGGCCUUUAGUCUGCAGACGGAUAAUAAAUUGUAUGCACUUCUGAUUUCAUCUGGUCAGUUUAAUGUUUUCUGCUUUUUAUUGUAAUGGAGCUGUCAGCAAAAUAAGUGCAUGCAACAACUUUAAGAAAAAAUAUUGAGACACUGUAUGUUUAUUUACAAACUAUUUUCUUUGUUGUGAUGUGCUCCUGGUAAUUCUAUUGGGCAUAGUCAGUGUACUUAAUUUUGUAAUUUGCUAAGACAAGCAGUUCACUAUUGGCAGUGAAGAUAGUGCUACUGAUAUAUGGGUUUAGUUUAAGUAUCUAUCGUGUUACAAUUAGAUGUCAUUCCCACAGAGGUGCAUUUCAUCAGAAGGUGCACAUGCAUUGAGAGCUGUCACUUUUAUUAGGGGGGGCUGUGCCCUGUGCAGUAAUGUAUGCACAUACUCUCUGUAAAUAAACUUUGAGACUGGUCAUCUUUAGGUUGAUGAAAAGUUAAUACCUUGUAUUGUUCUCAGUAAAGGUGCUGUCAUUACUAAAAUGACCCAUGUAAGUGUUUGUAGUUUGUCCAUCUAAGUUAACCAUGAUUGAUAAUUUUUGCUUUCUAUUCACUCCUUAAACUCCAGAGGCCAUAUUUUGAGUUAGUCAGUUUGUAGCAACAUGUAAACUUAGUUAUUCUUCAGAAUUUCUCACUUGUGCACAGUCAUUUGCAAACUGCAUGGCUUUUAUUGUAGAAGUUAAGUUUGCAUUUGCAGUGUACAUCCUCACUUAGUUUUUAACAUAUGUCUAUUUAAAUCACACACAAGUAGUAUGCCAGUCAUUUUUUAAGAAAAAGUUAAAAAUAUUGAUUUGUUUUGUAUUUAUUAUGUAAACAGCAAAAAAUGUUUGUUUUUGAAAAAAUCUGAAAUCUCUGUGCCCCGUUGUUAUAUGCUUUUUCAGUUGGCAAUUUACUGUGAACCACAAAAGGGUUUCAUCAGUGCCCAUUUUGGUUGUGGAUUGUGAGAGAAAGCAAUUUUUUGUUGAACCUGUGGGAUCUGGAAGCUGCCUGUUUUAAGAAUCACUUGCUGCAGCUGUGGUAAAAUUGCCCAUUUACAUUUGUUAGAGCCUUUAAAAAUACUGAAAUGUAUGACAUUUGCCACUCAUUCUCAUUGAGAAGGUGCUGAGGUUUCCUGUAUGUUAAUCUGUGAAUUUGUAUUAUGUAUGUGGACAGACCUAUGUAAGAACAAGGCCACUAUUUUUCUUGCCUCUUAACCUGUCUUUGAUGGUGUCAUGGAAAAAACUGUGAAUGAAAAGAUGAGUUUCUCUGCAUCAUCAGCAUCUUUUUUAUAUCGUGUGGCUGUGGUUUUACAUUGUAGGCAUACUGGUUCAUAUUUUGCAGCAGUUUGGUUCAUUAAGAGAAUGAGGCAGUAGUGAUGGAUCCCACAGAUGAGUGUGUACAAAGUCAGAGAUGUUGCAGUCAUUUUAUAGAACUUCAGUACGUUCCUUAAGCAUUUGCAUUAUGCAUUUUGUAAUGGUGGUUCUGUACAGUGAAAUGGAAAACUCUGAAAAAAAUUAAAUUUUCCAGUGGAAAAUCAGCAACUGUUGGCAUACAUUUUACUUAUGUCAAUGACAACAUUUACACAACAUCUUCACAUUCUUUUGUCUCAGUGUAGCAACAGAAAUGACACUUUAAGACAAAUAUUCAUUAAAAUCCAGCAAAGUUGGACAUGGUAGUCCUAAAUAAUGUUUCUCAGCAGCUUUAAUGUAUUCUGUAUGCUUGUAUGAAGGAUUUGUGUGGAUGAAAAUAAAUUUAUAUAGUAAGGUUA